GGAUCAGCCCCUCGGCGCAGCCCCAGCUUCGCCCCCCGGGCUCGGCGCGGACCCCCCGCCCCGGCACAACAUGGCAACCGAGGUCCACAAUCUCCAAGAACUACGGCGAAGUGCCUCAUUGGCCACCAAAGUCUUUGUGCAGCGGGACUACAGUGAUGGGACCAUAUGUCAGUUCCAGACCAAAUUUCCCCCUGAGCUGGACAGCCGGAUUGAGCGGCAGCUUUUUGAAGAAACGGUGAAGACCCUCAACAACUUCUAUGCAGAGGCUGAGAAAAUCGGCGGCAGUUCCUAUCUGGAGGGAUGUCUGGCCUGUGCCACAGCCUACUUCAUCUUUCUCUGCAUGGAGACCCGCUAUGAGAAGGUACUAAAGAAGAUCUCCAAGUACAUCCAGGAGCAGAAUGAGAAAAUCUAUGCUCCCCGGGGGCUGUUGUUGACAGACCCAGUGGAACGAGGCAUGCGAGUUAUUGAGAUCUCCAUCUAUGAGGACCGUUGCAGCAGCUCCAGCUCAGGCAGCUCCAGCAGCAGCGGCAGCAGUGCCGGAGGUGGGGGCGCAGGGGGCGCAGGGGGCCGGUGACUGGCAGAGAGUCCUGGCAGGGAUUUGUACUGCCGGGACGACAGUGUCUCCGAGAUUCGCAGACUGCGCUAUCAGAGCACCCGUUUCUGAGCUCCCCCAGGGGGGUCAGGAUGCAAGCAAAGAGUGUUGUGACACCCCUGGGGUUUGUGACAACCAGCAAGGGCAAAGUCAUCUGUCGGGGAUGAUUCAGCUCUGCCCAAGUAGAGCUCGCACCCACAUAAGCCCACAGUCAGUGCUUGGGAUCUUCACACCCUGGGGUGGGGAUGCUUCCUGAGGGCUUCUGGGAAGACUGCUCUCCCCCUCCCCAGGUCUCCUUGUAUUACCC